CUCAUGAAUACCGCAGCUGUUUCCUGAUAGUAAUCAGAUGUCAAAUCAAAAGCGGUAAGGUAGGAGCUCGUUCAAAUUGUGAAGCUAUCUCAAAAGAUGAAACUGCAGACACUGGUAUGUAAAAGAAAAUUGAUAUGUUAUUUUUUUUUGUCGGAGAUUUCAUGUUGCGUUAUGCUUUGAGGCUGAGAGGAUGCAAGGAGUUGUUAUAAUAAUAAUUCAAGUUUUAAAUGGUCAAAUUGUGUCAUUAUUUUAAAUGUAUUAUAAUGUUUAUAUGCUUACCAAUCAAAUCAUAUUGUCUUUAUGUGACGUUGUAUAUUUUUUAUAGAGAGAAUUGACAAAUUUUUUAGUAUACUUAGUUGUAGUGUUGUUUAUAUAAUCCGAGGCCCUAGACCAGUUACAGAUUUGACGAUAAGAAUGAGACAAUUAUUUGUUGUUCAGACGCCAAUCUUCGGAAAGUUGCCAUCGCAUCAAAAAAAGUUGGUCAGUCAGAGAUCCUGUUGUAAUCCACUGUCAGAGACAUUGGUUUAUAUAUUGAAAGUAAACUUAGAAUGAUACCCCAUAUCAGUUCUGUGGUCAGGGCAUGCUUCUGUCAUCUGCGUGCCCUGGGUCAGCUGCGUCCUCAACUCAUUAAGAGAACAGCCAAUGCUGUAUCAGUAGCUCUAAUCCAGUCAAGAUUAAAUUACUGUAACAGAUGUUUGUGGGGUUUACUCAGAAACAAAUUCAGAGACUCAAAAAUUACAAAAUACUGCAGAACGCAUUGUAGCGUGGAUAAAGAAAUCUGACUACAUUAACCCAGUUCUACGAGAUCUCCAUUGGGUUCCUGUGAGUGAGCGCUUUAACUACAAAAUUAUGUCCCUGGCAUACAGCUGCAUAGACGGCUCUGCAUCGGAAUAUCUUAAAAAACUGAUUUAUAAACAAGUAUUGUUAAAGAUCCUGCGGUUUUCAAAAUAGACGUUUGAUACAAGAUGAACUUCUUAAGCUAAAAUUGGAAUUUAGGCAGCGUGAAGAAAAAUUGAUUAAGAUAAACUACGUUUUCACAAUUCUACCCAUUACAAUCUUUUGAGAUAAAAACGAGAUAUUUUGACCAGAACCCCGCAAGACCCACGAUAAAGCUGUCUAUUCCAUCGUUUAAGAUUGUUCUAUCACCACGUUAACACUGUUCACACGAAAAAUCUGUUCUUUUCUCCUGAUUAGAUUCCUAAAAUGAGAGGGUACGAUUCUAAUUGUGCUUUGUAAGACAAAAAUAAAAUAUACUAUAGAAAUUCUAGACGAAGGCAUCCAGAAGCUUAAAAUAGGGAGACUGGACAAUUAAAGAGGAACGUUUUGGCUAAGAGCUUUGUCUAUCAGCCAGGACAACGAUGAAAAUAGUGUCGGAGAUAAGAAAAGAUAAUAAAGGAAGGAAUGCUUUCAAGCUAUGUGAAGGAAAAAGUAGACCAUGAUAUCGUGGAAGCGUGAAAUUGAAACUAGUCCUUAACUUAUUAUCUGUUAAAAACACCGAUUACUUUACAACGAAUUCCUGUGCAUAUAUAUUUAUUGUAUCAAUGAUUGUUUGUUUCCUGUCGUGAGCAGAGCGUUCUUAUUGUGCUGAUCCUACAAGAAUGGUGCAAGCCGGCAAACAGCCAAGAAGAGUCUGCUCAUCAUUAUGAGACUACAAGCAUUUUACCUACAAGCCCAAGUAACAAGCAUUUCAUGUUGUGUUAUGUAGCAUAACUUUAUAACAAUUUAACGUGUCGCUGAGUCAAUAGAUUUGUGGUGGGAAAAGUAUGUUUAUUCAUCGUUUCAGUAGUUCUAUCACUUCGAACAUUGAAACAUUAUUAUUAUUGGCCACACAUUGAAAGCAAAUUGCUAAAAUCAGUGAUACAUUCAUUAUGUUAAGGAAAAAGGAAAAUAUUGUUAUCAAAGACCCUUCACUCAAUACCAUGUAAUAUUUUAUGCAUUCCCAGCCUCUUCAGUAUGUGAGUCUAUGAAAGAUGGUAGACAACCGGAUCCUACAUCUUGCAGCAAGUACUACAUUUGUGUCAACUACGUGGCUAUACCUAGGAUGUGCAGACAGUUCCACAAUUAUGAUCCAGCGGUAAUACGUUUAACACAGCUUUAAUCCAGUGGUGAUACAUUUAACAAAGCUUAAUCCAGCGCUAAUACAUAUAGAAUUGCCUAAAUCCAGUGGUAAAACCUUUAACGUAUAUUUAAUCCAAUGGUACUACAUUUAACUCAUUCUUCUAAUUUGUAUGUCUUUUUGUGUUCAACAGUGGAUGUAAUUGUAAAUCUAAAUAUGUUGUUUUCUUUAAGUCAAUCUCAUGUCUACACACAUUGUUAUGUACAUUUUCAACAAAGUAUGUCUUGUUUAUAACUUGUACAUUAUUGUUACCGUAAUAGAAUGCCACUAGGUUUAUGAAAUCACUUGUUACCAAUGUACAUAAAUCUUACCUUUCAAGCAUGUCACUAUGUAUGUCAACUCAGUAGUGUACAAUUUGCAUGAAUGUUACCAUUCUGUCAAUGCACUAAGCAGGUCGACUCAACAACAUGAAAUUUACUUAAUUUUUUUUUUUUUAAUAUUACCAUUCUUGCAUUGAAAUAUGUGGGUCAGCAUAAUAGCGUGCACUUUAAAUAAAUAUUACCGUUCUGGCAUUGAAAUAUGUAGUUCAGCAUAAUAGCGUGCACUUUAAAUAAAUAUUACCAUUCUUGCAUUGAAAUAUGUAGGUCAGCAUAAUAGCGUGCACUUUAAAUAAAUAUUACCAUUCUUGCAUUGAAAUAUGUAGGUCAGCAUAAUAGCGUGCACUUUAAAUAAAUAUUACCAUUCUUGCAUUGAAAUAUGUAGGUCAGCAAAAUAGCGUGCACUUUAAAUAAAUAUUACCAUUCUUGCAUUGAAAUAUGUAGGUCAGCAUAAUAGCGUGCACUUUAAAUAAAUAUUACCGUUCUGGCAUUGAAAUAUGUAGGUCAGCAUAAUAGCGUGCACUUUAAAUAAAUAUUACCAUUCUUGCAUUGAAAUAUGUAGGUCAGCAUAAUAGCGUGCACUUUAAAUAAAUAUUACCGUUCUUGCAUUGAAAUAUGUAGGUCAGCAUAAUAGCGUGCACUUUAAAUAAAUAUUACCAUUCUUGCAUUGAAAUAUGUAGGUCAGCAUAAAAGCGUGCACUUUAAAUAAAUAUUACCAUUCUUGCAUUGAAAUAUGUAGGUCAGCAUAAUAGCGUGCACUUUAAAUAAAUAUUACCAUUCUUGCAUUAAAAUAUGUAGGUCAGCAUAAUAGCGUGCACUUUAAAUAAAUAUUACCAUUCUUGCAUUGAAAUAUGUAGGUCAGCAUAAUAGCGUGCACUUUAAAUAAAUAUUACCAUUCUUGCAUUGAAAUAUGUAGGUCAGCAAAAUAGCGUGCACUUUAAAUAAAUAUUACCGUUCUUGCAUUGAAAUAUGUAGGUCAGCAUAAUAGCGUGCACUUUAAAUAAAUAUUACCAUUCUUGCAUUGAAAUAUGUAGGUCAGCAUAAUAGCGUGCACUUUAAAUAAAUAUUACCAUUCUUGCAUUGAAAUAUGUAGGUCAGCAUAAUAGCGUGCACUUUAAAUAAAUAUUACCGUUCUGGCAUUGAAAUAUGUAGGUCAGCAUAAUAGCGUGCACUUUAAAUAAAUAUUACCAUUCUUGCAUUGAAAUAUGUAGGUCAGCAUAAUAGCGUGCACUUUAAAUAAAUAUUACCAUUCUUGCAUUGAAGUAUGUAGGUCAGCAUAAUAGCGUGCACUUUAAAUAAAUAUUACCAUUCUUGCAUUGAAAUAUAAAGGUCAGCAUAAUAGCGUGCACUUUAAAUAAAUAUUACCAUUCUUGCAUUGAAAUAUGUAGGUCAGCAUAAUAGCGUGCACUUUAAAUAAAUAUUACCAUUCUUGCAUUGAAAUAUGUAGGUCAGCAUAAAAGCGUGCACUUUAAAUAAAUAUUACCGUUCUGGCAUUGAAAUAUGUAAGUCAGCAUAAUAGCGUGCACUUUAAAUAAAUAUUACCAUUCUUGCAUUGAAAUAUGUAGGUCAGCAUAAUAGCGUGCACUUUAAAUAAAUAUUACCCUUCUGGCAUUGAAAUAUGUAGGUCUGCAAAAUAGCGUGCACUUUAAAUAAAUAUUACCAUUCUUGCAUUGAAAUAUGUAGGUCAGCAUAAUAGCGUGCACUUUAAAUAAAUAUUACCAUUCUGGCAUUGAAAUAUGUAGGUCAGCAUAAUAGCGUGCACUUUAAAUAAAUAUUACCAUUCUUGCAUUGAAAUAUGUAGGUCAGCAUAAUAGCGUGCACUUUAAAUAAAUAUUACCGUUCUUGCAUUGAAAUAUGUAGGUCAGCAUAAUAGCGUGCACUUUAAAUAAAUAUUACCAUUCUUGCAUUGAAAUAUGUAGGUCAGCAUAAAAGCGUGCACUUUAAAUAAAUAUUACCGUUCUGGCAUUGAAAUAUGUAUAAUAUUACCAUUCUUGCAUUGAAAUAUGUAGGUCAGCAUAAUAGCGUGCACUUUAAAUAAAUAUUACCAUUCUUGCAUUGAAAUAUGUAGGUCAGCAAAAUAGCGUGCACUUUAAAUAAAUAUUACCAUUCUUGCAUUGAAAUAUGUAGGUCAGCAUAAUAGCGUGCACUUUAAAUAAAUAUUACCGUUCUGGCAUUGAAAUAUGUAGGUCAGCAUAAUAGCGUGCACUUUAAAUAAAUAUUACCAUUCUUGCAUUGAAAUAUGUAGGUCAGCAUAAUAGCGUGCACUUUAAAUAAAUAUUACCGUUCUUGCAUUGAAAUAUGUAGGUCAGCAUAAUAGCGUGCACUUUAAAUAAAUAUUACCAUUCUUGCAUUGAAAUAUGUAGGUCAGCAUAAUAGCGUGCACUUUAAAUAAAUAUUACCGUUCUGGCAUUGCUCUAAGGUCGCCAACUUAAUAGAGAACAAUUCACCGGCACAUUUUUAAAAUGACACAUAUUUUUACAUACUAACAUAGAUUUUAAGGACAUAUUUUAGAUUAAAAUUGAUGAAAUAAUAAUGUAUAAAACAUAUUUUUUCUCUUAAAUAUCCGUUUAUUACUAUAUCAUAUAUUAACAUGAUUUUCAUAGGAUUAUUUGUAGAGUUACUUUAUUGUAUGAGCUUUUCAUAUGGUCAUGAGACUAUUUUAUAGUGUUAUUUCAUUAGAUAAGAUUAUCAUAUUAUAAGGACACCAUUUAUAGCGUAAGUUUUUUAUAUUGGAUUAUAUCAAUACCAAUGUUGAAUGAAUGUUAACAGUUGUUUUAUAAAUGCAAAAGCAAACAAGAGGCAUUUGUAAACGCUGUAAUUUUCUUUGUUAUUUUCCUACAAUUGUACGCUUUCUUACGGAAGGUACUUUUGGGUUUAUGUACUUUUACCGUCAUGCCAUGUUAGAUCCUAAUGCUACAUAAUCAGUAAUCUCUAAAAAUGUGUAACUUUGUCACCCGAAAUGAAUAAAUAGAUUUCCAAAUGUUUAUAUUUGAACUUCAGAUUAAAUACUGCCGACUGGAAAACGAGUUCGAAUGUGAAAUUGUCAAAGGAGUCAUCAGAGGAGCAUUCACGCAUGUGCGUCAGAAAAACCCCAAUGCUAGGAAAAAAUGGCUAACACAAAACCGUAUUACAAAGGAAAUCAUCAAGUCACCUCCAAAAAUCAGCAAUACUAAGACAACUAGAAAGUCAAUUCCAACAGCCCACAAUACUAAGACAAUCAGAAAGUCAACUCCAACAACCCGCCAUACUAAGACAAUCAGAAAGUCAACUCCCACAACCCACUAUACUAAGACAAUCAGAAGGUCAACUCCAACAACCGGCUAUACUAAGACAACAAGAAAGUCAACUCCAACAACCGGCUAUACUAAGACAACCAGAAAAUCAACUCAAACAACCGGCUAUACUAAGACAACCAGAAAAUCAACUCAAACAACCGACAAUACUAAGACAACCACAAGUCAACUCCAACAACCAGCUAUACUAAGACAACCAAAUAGUCAACUCCAACAACCCGCUAUACUAAGACAACCAGAGAGUCCCCUAAAGUAAGCCGAACGAGAACUUAAAAACGGUGGGUAAUUUAUAAUUUUUUUUAUUGAUAUGUUAACAAGCAUUCUCCGUGGACAAAAUAAUUACAAUCGUAGUCGGUAUAUGUCAAUAGAAAAGGAGCGCAUAUUUAAUAACAAACCAGCGUAUAAGUAUAAGCUCCACUAACUUAUGGAGACGAAUUAAUGACCAAUUCAAUCUAUAUAUGUCAACGAGUUGCUCAUUUACAAAGCUUGUUUCGUGAAAUUCUUAAAACAAACACUGUCUUCACAUGUCCCUGGUAUUUAACACAGUCUACACAUGUCCCUGGUAUGUAACAAUAUCUACACAUGACCCUGGUAUCUAACACUGUCUACCAAUGACCCUGGUAUCUAACACAGUCUACACAUGCCCUUGUUAUCUAACACAGUCUACACAUGUCCCUGGUAUUUAAAACUAUCUACUAAUGACCAUGUUAUCUAACUCUGUCCAUACAUGUUAUUUCACACUGCCUACACAUGUCCCUGUUAUCUAAAACUUUCUAAACAUGACCAUGGUGUCAAACACUGCCUACAAUUCUCCCUGGUAUCUAACAGUCUACAUAUGUCCCUGUUAUCUAACACAGUCUACACACGAACAUGGUGUCUAACACUGUCUUUACAUGACCCUGACAUCUAACACUGUCUGCACGUGUCCCUGUUAUCUAAUACUGUCUACACAUGACCAUGGUGUCUAAUCCUAAUUAAACAUGUCCCUGUUAUUUCACACUGCCUACACAUGUCCCUGUUAUCCAACAAUUUCUAACAUGACCAUGGUGUCUAACACUGCAUACACAUGUCCCUGUUAUCUAACACUGUCUGCAACUGAACAUGGUGUCUUACACUGUCUUUACAUACCACUGGUAUCUAACACUGUCAACACAUGUCCCUGUUAUCUAAUACUGUCUACACAUAACAAUGGUGUCUACACAUCACCAUAGUGUCUAACAAUCUCUAAACAUGCCCCUGGUAUCUUAGUCGGUCUACACAUGACCAUGGUGUCUAACACUGGCUACACAUGACAAUGGUGUCUAACACUGUUUACACAUGGUCAUGGUGUCUAACACUGUCUACACAUGCCCCUUUUAUCUAAAGCUAUCUACACAUGUCCCUGGUAUCAAACACUUUCAACACAUGACCCUGGUGUCUAACCAUGUCUACAAAUGUCCAUGGUAUUUAAAGCUGUCAACACAUGACCAUGGUGUCUAACAGUUUCUACACAUGAUUCUGGUAUCUAAGACAGUCUACACAUCACACUUGCAUUUAACACUGUUUACACAUGACCUUGUAUCUAACACUAUCUACACAUGACCAUGGUGUCUAACACUGUCUACACAUGACCAUGGCGUCUUACACAUUCUACACACGUCCCUGGUAUCUAGCACUAUCUGCACAUGUCCCUUGUAUCUAUCAGUCUACACAUGAUCUUGGUGUCUAACACUGUCUAAAAAUUCCCCUGGUAUCUAACACUGUCUACAUAUCACCAUUGUGUCUAAUCCUGUCUACACAUAUCCGUGUUAUCUAACACAGUUUGCACAUGACCCUUGUAUCAAACACUGUCUGAAUUUGACCUUGUGUCUAGCCUUGUCUACACAUGACCCUGAUAUCUAGAAAUGUCAACGCAUCAACCUUGUCUCUAACCCUGUCUACACAUGCCCCUGGUAUCUAACACUGUCUGCAUAUGUCCCUGGAAUCUAGCUCUAUCUACAUAUAACCCUGGAGUCUAACACUGUCUACAUAUGACCCUGGUAUCUAACACUGUCUGCAUAUGACCCUAGUGCCUAACCCUGUCUACAUAUGUCCCUGAUAUCUAACACUGUCUACACAUGUUCCUGGUAUCUAACACUGUCUACACAUGACCCUGUUACCUAACACUGUCUACACGUGACCCUUUUAUCUAACACUGUCUACAAAUGAUUCUUGCACCUACAACAGUCAACACACUAGCCUGGCACCUACCACUGUGUACACAACACCCUGUUAGCUACCACCGUACACUAUCAAUCUAAAAAUCAAAAUGAUUGUAUUCUCACAUUAGCUAGUUAUUUAAACACCAAGAGUUUGCCUUGAGACUUACAGAAAGCGCACUUUCACAUUUGAUGUUCCAACAAUUUGGAACGCCCUUCAUGUCGAUCUCAGAAAAAAACAGACACUGGAGUCCUUUAAAACCGAUUUAAACACAUAUCUAUUUCGCAAAAACCUUCUAGGAUGAUUGUCUACCAUAUUUUCCAGUUAAUGCAUAUUGGCUGUGUUGCUUAGGGUUGAAAUGGGUAGAGAGACUUUGACUUGGUAUGUUUGUAAUUAGUUUUUGUAGUAUUGCGUUUGUUUUAAAUGUGCUAAAUUAUAGAUUUGUUUUUUGUUGACUUUGUACCGCGCUUCGAGCCUUUAGAGAUGAAGCAUGUUUUUGAAAUGAACGUUAUUAUUAUUAUUGUUAUAUCUGGAAACACGAUACUAAUCCUUACAGCUAGAAGUUUCAGGAGUUAUUAGGAAGACAACUUACAGCUUGCUGUCAGAGGACCACUGAGAAAUUCGCGAAAACUAUGGUGCAGGGAACUGACCAAGGACUAUACUGUGGAUUUUAUCGUCUGAAUAGGCACACGUAUCUUUUAACUUUAUAACGGACUGUAUUAAUUUAAUGAACUAUUUUAAAAAAAUUAUUGCAUUCUGCAUUUAGCAUU